CUGAUAACAGUGCUUAUCGCUAUUCAAAGACUGUUGUGUCGUCUUCCAAUCUACCUCAAAUUUACAUUACACUCUUAUUGCCUUGGAAGAUGAGAUCGAUCUUAUUAUGACAAUGGCCAGCUUUAUUACAUUAUAUUCAUAAGAUAAUAUUUUUAAAAUUAAUCUUUCUAAAAACCUUUCAUCUUGUGAAAUAAGGGUCCUAUUUGCCCCAGUAAACAUUUUAAAAACAUAAUAAUAAUAGAAACUUGUUGAAUAUAGAAACGAUAUAAAUAAACGUCCAUGCAACCUGGUUAGAGAUUAACAGAUUACGCGCCAUUUUAAACCAGUUUGCUUGCAUCGAAAUCCGUUCCACACGAUUCCAAGAAGACAACAUUUACCAUUAAGGAAUACACUUGGAGAAGAAUAUUUCUUAAUCCAACCAGCAACGUUUUUGUUAAAAAGCAAAAGAACUGUAAUUUGAAACAUUCCAAUUGAUCCAAAAGCAAAACAAUUUUGUUUUUUGUGUUUUUUUUUUAAAAAUGGAAAAAAGCAAGUUUAAAACAAGGACCUAUUCAUACAACUCCUUAAUUACUUUGAAACCAAACACAGUGGUUGAUGUGUAUGGAAUUGUAAAAUUUCAUAAGUUGCCAUUUAAAACCAAGGGCACUGAUUACUUGAUGAUUGUGACAAUUGUUGAUGAAUCACUGAUUCAAGCUGAUGAAAAGUUAAAAUGUUUGCUAUUUGCACAUGGUGAAGAAAGUUUACCCCAAGUCAAAAUUGGUAGCAUCGUUAGAUUCCACAGAUUACGAGUUAAUCUCCAUAGUGGGGAAUUGCAAGGAUCGAGUGGAAAAGGUUUCUCCUGGUUGGUUGUUGAUAGUCGAAGUGAUGGCUGCCUAGUUCCUAAAGCUUCCAGUCUCAAUUAUACAUUCACAGAUGUUGACCGAAAGAUGAUUGAAAGAUUGUUUUGUGUUAAACAGCAAAAUCAAGAAUUUAGGUGCCAAGAUUUGGUAAAAAGUCUUGAACAACUCAAAGAAGGAAUUUAUUUUGAUUUUGUUUGCCAAGUUGUGGCUGUGUCUGUUGUUGAAGAAGGCGUUUGCUUCUUAAUUCAAGUCUGGGAUGGCACCCGUCCUUCUUGUCCGCUCUUUACUGUUGAAGCAGCAGAAAGGAAUCUGAUUAUGCAAACUGACAUGGAACUAAGGAAAGUGGCCAAAGAUUGGUUGGUUGAUGUCUGUGUCUUUGAUGAUCAUUUUCAAAAAGCUGCGACCAUUAAGCCAGGAAUGUUUAUAAAAUUUUUCAACCUUCAUUGCCCAAAGCAUAAAACUCCGGAUUUAGUUAAUCCACCAGCUUAUGAAGAAUUGGAGCUUGUUCUACAUCGAGGGACAUCUUAUGGUCGGGGCAUAAAGAUACUCUCUGGAACAGAUCCAGAAAUAGAUAAUCUCAAAAAGAGAUUAGAGGAAUUAACCAAGAAAGUGGAAAGAACUCAUACAAGUCUUACAGAUCCUAAGGGUUCCCCUUACAAGACUGUUAAAGGGAUCAAAGUUAAAACAGCUCUUGGUAGUUCUCCCAAUAAGAUGGUGCCACAAACAGUUUUAAGUGAAAUGGCAAAAGAAUCGGAUGACACUUCAGUUGGAAUCAUCGCAAAUAGUCAAUUUAAUAUAGAGAAUUAUGCACCUGAAGCAGUUUUAUCCACUGUCACAGUUAUUCAAGGCCAUCAAUCUGUCAAGUUGUCUCAUUUCUGUGAUGUUAAGAACGCCACUGCUCCCAUGAAAUUCCGUCUUCUGGCCAGAGUUAUGGACUACAGCCCCAAACUUAGCAGCGUAUCAGACUUUUUAAGCUUAUUUUGUCUUCAAUGUCAUUAUCUAACUCCAAUAAAUAAUUACAAUUUAGAACCGUCGACUUUUCAAAUAAAGGAUGGUGUUGAAUAUUACCGCUGCCCCCAUUGUGCCAAGAAGACCAAUUCUAAUGACAUUCCAGUGAUGGAAUAUAUCUUUUUGAUGAAGUUUAUUCUGACAGAUGGCGUCUAUUAUAUCAUCGCCAACCUUUGGAGAGACGAAGCUGUGAAAUUCUUCAAUAACAUAACCCCAUUGGAAUUUAUAUCCGAUGCAGAAGCUAUGAAUAAAGUUAGAGGCUACUUGGAGAGAAUCCAUUCAAGUGAAGGAAGCAGUCAGAAUUUGCCGAUGAUGGAAUGCUGCGUCAAAUCCUUUACUGGACAUAAUUCCGUCUGUUAUGAAAUAUUUGAUACACUUAUUGCUGCCUGAUUGGAAGCAGUGGUUGUUCCAUUGUGCCAUUAAUUAAUGGGGAUCACCUGAACCCAGAACAGAACAUUUCAAGCUAAUGUAUAAAAAAGAACAGUCAGCUUGUUUUGCAACCAUGUGGGUUUUCGGUUCAGUCCCAAUGCGCAGCCUCUUGGGCAAAUGUCUUCUUCUGUAUUCCCAAUCUGACCAAUAUGGAUAAACGAUUGGUUCCCUCUUUCAUUUUCCUCAUUAUAAGCACAGACAAUUCCUUUUUAUGACAAUGUUCUUCAUUUUAUUAUUGAAUUCUUUGGAGAUAUUUGGAUUCCAGCUGAAUGAAAUCUCUCUUCAGGAAUUUCUUUUUUUUAAAACCAAAUGAGAAUUUAGUUUAUUAAUAAAAUUUGUCAAGAAAUACUAGAUCAUACUCAUUGACUAUAUCUUGUUUUGGUCAUUGGACUGUGGCCAUGCUGGGGCACACCCUCGACAGAUUCUCAUCAUACGAAUCGAGUCUAGUGCUUAUUCUAUCAGUCUCUUUUGCUGAAUUACUAAGUUACAGGUGUGUAAACAAACCAACACUGGUUGUCAAGUUAUGUGGUGAUAAACACUUAUAAUAGGCUUCGACACAGUUUCCAUUAUGAGGGAUUGAUUGGCCUGGGGCUACAAUAGUAGACAUUUGGCUUAGGUGCAAUGCAAUAGAAAUGAACCACGUGGAUACGAAGCAAGUUUCUUGACCACACAGCCAUGCUUGACUAUUUUUUUCUUGUUUGGGGGGGGUGCCUCUGAGCCUUCACGGGGCCAUCCAUACUGGUAGGAGGGAGGAGGAUGUCCUCAAACUAGAGUCCUGGUCUAACCUUUUGCAACAGUGUCAGGUGGUGGGGGAUGGUGUUAAACUGGAUAAUGUAGGCCAUAGUUGGAUUUGAACUCAGAACACAAAGAAAAGGAUUAAAUUUCUUCCUCAGAUUCUGCUGAGAUCAACUUUUGUCUGUCAUUCGUUGAUCAAAUGACUAUCAGUCAAGCACCAGGAUUGAUGUGAUUGACUCCCUUGGCCUUCCAAAACUACUGGCCUUUUGCCAAGACUAGAAUUAUUAUUUGGAACAGGAAUUAACUUGAAAUAGGAACGGAAGGUUUUUAAUUUUGUUCACUUCAAAUCAGGAAGAACUAAGGGCAGUUUCAAGGGUUAAAGAUAGGGGCCAUGUUGCUAAGUCUGAAAUAAAGAAAAAAAUUUAAAA